UAAAAUAAGGUAGUUCACUCCAGACAGAGCGGCAGAGAGGAGUGUCGAUCCGAAGGAGCAGGAUGCAGAUUGGCUGCAGGAUGGCUCUGUCCUCGGGGCUGAGGUGCUGCCAGCGGCUGCUCUCCUGGGUGCCAGUGGUCAUCAUUGCCCUGGUGGUGCUCUGGUCGUACUAUGCCUACGUGUGGGAGCUGUGCCUGGUGACUGUAGAAAAUACUUUGGAAAAAGUUGCUUACCUCUUCAUCUUUCAUAUAUUUUUCCUACUCUUUGUUUGGACGUAUUGGAAAGCAAUUUUUACCCCUCCAAAGCAGCCAACUAAAAAGUUCUUGCUGCCCUACGCAGAAAAAGAGCGAUAUGACAACGAAGAUCGUCCAGAAGCUCAGAAACAAAUACUAGCCGAAUUUGCCAAAAAGUUGCCAGUUUAUACCCGGACAGGGAGUGGAGCCAUUCGUUUCUGUGACCGAUGCCAGGUGGUAAAGCCUGAUCGCUGCCAUCAUUGUUCUGUGUGUGGGAUGUGUGUCCUGAAGAUGGAUCAUCAUUGCCCAUGGGUGAACAACUGCAUUGGAUUCUCUAACUACAAGUUCUUUCUCCUGUUUCUGGCAUAUUCGAUGCUGUACUGUUUGUACAUUGGUUCUACGGUUUUCAAAUAUUUUCUCCUCUACUGGACAGCUGAGCUGACAAAUAGUCAUGCAAAAUUCCACGUGCUUUUCCUGCUUUUUGUGUCCCUAAUGUUCUACAUCAGCCUCAUGUUUCUCUUUGGCUAUCACUGCUGGCUGGUGGGACUAAACAGAACUACCCUCGAGGCAUUUUCAGUCCCAGUAUUUCACAGCGGCCCUGACAAAAACGGCUUCCACUUGGGUAUCAGAAGAAACUUGGAGCAGGUGUUUGGGAAGCAAAGAAAUCUGUGGUUAAUUCCAGUUAUUACAAGCAUUGGGGAUGGACUGUCAUUUCCAAUGAGAAGAGUUUGUGAAUCUCAAAACCCCCUUCUGGCCGUAGAGAAUCAGUGGGAAGAUGAUGGGACAGAUGAGGAGAAUUCAGCUUCUUAUGAAACUUCACAUGUAGCCAUAGAAAUGGACAGAUAAUCAUCUGCCAAUCGGAAGCUGAGAAAUUCCAAGUAAGGGGAAUGCUGGAAAAUUUUGCACACAACAGCCACAGCAGGAAGACCAAUCUCCUGACUCCUUAUCAAAACCUGGCUCAGCACAGCUACGGGACCCCAUCGUAAGGAAUGGCUGAGACUGUGUUGCUGUACUAAAGCACUGCUGAUUGGUUUGGGUUAUUAUCUGUAUUCAGUGGGUGGAUAAAAGAAAGAAAGGAACGGGACCAAAUGUUUUUUUUUUUUUAAAGACUGUCAUUAUUUAUAUGCAAGAUGAUUUUUUAGUACCUGGGUAAUCAUUUUAACAUUUUGAUAUUCUAAUUUAUUGAUUGCCUUGGCAACUUAUGGUCUUUGUAUAUAUGCUGUUUAAUUGUAAUAUGAUGCUGGAGAAACUUGUCUUUGGAAUGCUUCUUUCUAAUGAAGGUCUUUUAUUCUGUGUGUAAGGACUCAGGGAAGUGACUGCAUAUACAAAUAACGUUCAGUUACGCAUCAAGGGUUACUUCCUCUGUCAAUGAAUAAUUGCACUGUACAAUGAUGCUGAGCGUAUCCUAACCAUCCCACAGAACAGUGCCAUCCUCUUAUUUACCAGCUUUGUUGCUGGAUUAUCAGUCAGAAGUUUCUAACUUCUUAGUUUCAUUUAUAUAGACUCUAAAACAAUUAUUUUUGAGAAUUCCUGUACCAAAGCAUUUACUUUUAUAUGUGUGGGACAGGAGGGUCUACUGCAGAAUGAUAGAAACACUGUAAUAUAUGCUGUCUCAAUGUAUUUUACUAAAUGCACCAAAGAUGUCUGAAAACUUAUUUAUAUAUAUAUAUAUAUAUAUAGAGCGGCUAGAUCUGUAAUAAAAGAGUUUAAGAUGUC